UCAAUUCGAAGAUUCAAUUCAUGCUUUCAAAUGACAUCGUUCGGAGCAACAGAAAUAGUUCGAAAUACUAAUGCAAAUGGUCAACAAUUCAAUUCUACAUUCAAAAUCAGAGGCCAAGUUUAUCAUAAAAUGGGCUCACUGCUGCCAAUGCCAAACGAACCACAUAAAUUCUUACAAAUCUACUUUAUGGGCGGCGAGGAUUCCGGAAGCGCACUUGCCAAUCGCGUGAAUGCACGUUGUGAUUAUAAUAACCUUGAUUCACUUUAUGCCAGGCGCAUCGUCAGCGAGCUAGAUGCUCUUUUUAACGAGCACAACGAGUUGUUGAAAAUAUUCAAAUCACAUAUGCACCAAUUACAAAGCGAUAAUCACGCUAUCGUCAUUAAUCCUGAUAAAACACCAGCUGGAGAGCAUAUUCGUAGAUUCAAUGCACCCGUUGUUGAUGAUGUUGCUGGAAUCAUGGUUGGCGAUUGUACAGCUGCACGAGAAAUUGUGAUUCGUAGAAGAAAUAAUAAUCUUCAGUUCAUUGCUGACACACAUCGUUCAUAUGACGCUCUCCAAUAUCCGCUAAUAUUCUGGAAGGGACAAGACGGAUAUUGCAUAAACAUAAAACAACGAGAUCCCGUAUCAGGAGCUGAAACGAACAAGAACGUUAGCUCGAAGGAUUAUUAUGCGUACCGAUUGAUGAUUAGACGUGGCCUGGACAACGUCAUUUUACGAUGUCGUGAGCUUUGUCAACAAUUCAUGGUCGACAUGUACGCGAAGAUUGAGAGCGAACGACUACGAUACUUACGAUAUAAUCAACAAAAGCUGCGCGCGGAAGAGUACAUUCAUUUGCGAGACGCUAUCAACAACAACGCCGACAUCGCCGAAAUUGGUAACCAUGUCAUUUUACCAUCAUCGUACGUAGGCAGUCCACGUCAUAUGCAAGAAUAUAUACAGGAUGCUCUGACUUUCGUGCGCGAAUAUGGACGACCAUGUUUAUUUAUCACGUUCACAUGUAAUCCAAAAUGGCCAGAGAUUACAUCUUUGCUACUGCCUGGCCAAAAUGCAAUACAUCGCCAUGACAUUACAGCACGUGUGUUCAGACAAAAGUUGAAGUCUUUAAUAAGUUUCAUUACUAAAUCACAUGUAUUUGGUCCCACACGUUGCUGGAUGUAUUCGGUUGAGUGGCAAAAGCGAGGAUUACCUCAUGCACACAUUUUGGUUUGGUUCAUCGACAAAAUCCGUCCUGAAGAAAUCGAUAGUAUCAUUUCUGCGGAAAUUCCAGAUCCAUCCACUGACUAACUGCUGUUUGAUAUUGUUACAACAAACAUGAUUCAUGGUCCAUGUGGUAC